AUGCCAUUCUUCACUCCGCGAACAAUUGCAGUGUCCUGUGCCGCGGCCGUUGCGGUUCCAACAACCAUUUUUCUCGCUGCGCGUGCGGUGCGGCGCUCCCGCGAAGAGAACGGCCCUUCGUUCAGUACUCUGCCAACUCGUGAAUGGACAACGCAGCAGGUGGCACAAUGGCUGCGCUCACGCGGUGUCUCAAAGGCGGCGGUGACGUCAUUUGUAAAGAAUGAUGUGGAUGGUAAAGUACUUCUUCUCUUGGAGGAGUCACACCUCAAAACACUGGCGCCAAAACUACGAGAUCAUCUUCUUAUUCGAGAAGGAAUUGAACAAUUGCGGGAACAGACAUCGCAACCUGUACAAAGUGUACAGGCAACUCUCCCAACACCCCCACUCCCACAAGCGACUAUGGGAGGGGAGGAGUUAAUUAAGACAUUUAUCAAUACUGCUAAUGAUAUCUGUACUACUAUUACUUCACCGGAGUUUGAACAGGCCACACCAGAGGAACGGGAAAGGGAAAGACGAAUGUGUAUGCAUAAAUUUCAUGUUAUGGUGGAUGAGGUACAAUCAGUUGACCCAGAAGUUAUGACAAAACUAUUACCCAUCGCUCAUAAAGUAGAGAGACUUAUUGCAGAAUCAGAGAGACGAGAAGUUGAUGUUGUACCACCACAGGCACCUUCGGUUUUGGGUGAACAGUUGAAAACACUACACGAUAUGAUUGACGGAUUUCUACGUGUACUUAACUCUACUGGAAUGGAUGUAUUAACAGAUCCUCAAGUGAUUUUACUUCGAGAGCGAAUUGAAUCUCAAAUAAAUCACGUUUUAGAGGUUGUCCAACGGCUUCCUCCUCAGUAUGGGGAACCCCUUGUGAUAAAAUGUAAUAUGGUACUCCAAAAGAUUCAUCAAACACCAAGUGUAGAGUCAUCUAUGAUUCCCCCUCAAUCACAGCCACAGUCAAGUGCGUUAUUAUUGGCUCCUACAGUGAAACGACUUCGUGAUAUUUUUACCUUUCUCAGGUCAUCGCAAUUAAUGGAAAUGAAUCCACCAGAGCGAUUGUUAUGUAUUGAAGAAAUGGUAAAAGAAGUGAAAGAGAUUCAAAGAUCUGCAAAUUCUUGGAAUGAUACUCGUGCAGUUGAGGUUAUUAAUCAAGUAUCAGGGAAUGUUGUUGGAGUUUUGGAACAAAUAAAGAUUCUUACUCAAGAAGAAAUAAAUGAGUCUAAUGGUGGCCGUUCUGAAGAUGCUGAAGAAUCACAGGAAGAAAAUACCCAAAUGGAAUUACCACAGAUUUUCGCUUCUUUACAAGCUGUUGUUCAAGUUUUACAAUCGGAAGAAUUUGCUCGUUCAUCCCCUCCUGUACAAAGGCAAGUGGUUGAAGAGUUACAGAUGAGUUUACACCGACUUCGAGUUCAAAUUAACCGCCUUCCACUGAACCAAGCGACAGCAACUGUAACAGCGAUGAUUGAAAGAGCUCAAGAACUUCUUCAAUCUCUUUCAAGUAUGGGACCAAAUACAAAUGGAGAGGAAGAACAACAAGAAGGAGAAGAAGAAGAAGAACAAGAAGAUAAUAAUGGUGAUGGUGAUGAUGAUGAUGUACAACCUCGUGCCUCUUCAGGAAACCCAUUGGAAGCGGAAUGGCGGGAAAACAUGCUGGAUGAAGUAGUAUCUGAGCUAGAGAAGAUAUUUGAAUAUGUAAAUUCAGAGGCCUUUGAGAUGCUGUCAUCUGUUGAAAAGGCUAAUAUGGCUCAAAGAGAGCUUUCUCGCCUUCUUGCCAUAGAGGAACGUUGUGCUCGCCUUGGUGGACUGGGACAACUACAAGAUCUUGUAGAUCCUUUAAAGCAAAUAUUACAUCUGGAAAUUGGUAAUAAAGCAGAAGCUACAGCAGCAGCCCCUACACCACUUUUUCUCAGUAUUUCAUCUCAUUUAAGAAGGAUGAAUGGACUUAUGGAAUCGGAAGGUUUUAAAAAUGCUGAUUUAGAUAAGAAAAGAACGGCAGCUCAAUCAAUUAUACCACAACUUCAAAAAAUUACUGCAACCCUUUCAGAACUUCCACCACAUGAAAGAGUCGCUAUACAAAAACUCAUUGAACCCAUAAAUGAUAAGCUUCAGAAAAUUGCCUUACCACGUGAAGAAAAUUCAGGAGAAUCUUCUCUUGAUCCACAACAUCUGGUAGCACAGGUGGAAAGGGUAUUGGCAGUCGUACAAUCACAAGAGUUUCGAGAUGCCUCUUCUAAACAACGCCAACGUAUUUCCAGCAGGCUUGUAAAAACACUGGAUUAUCUUGAGGAAGAAUGCCAAAAAAUGGGUGACGUGACACUUCCUCUUCUUCCUAUUGUUCAACGUCUUCGGGGACAGAUGGAGAUGUUCGCCCAAGCUGUUGACGCUGCAGAAGAAGAGGAAGAAGAAGAAAAUAAUAAUUCUAAUAAUAAUAAUAUUGAGGAAUCUGCUGAAGGAGAAGAAGAAGAUAAUGAUGAUGAUGAUGAUGAUGAUGAUGAUGAUGAUGUGGAAGAGGAAAAAGGAGAAGGAAAAAAACGACAAGAAACUUCAGUUGAUACUAAAGAUAAAGAGACUUCGGAAGCUUUUUCAAAUAAUGAAAGCACACCUGCUGAAGAAACGGAACAACGCAGUAGUGUGGCAUCUGAAAGACAGAAGCUUUUUUCUGCAGUUGCAGAGAUUACAGCAGAGUUAGGUAGGAGCAAUCAAAGUAAUGUUCAACUCUCUGAAGAGGAAUUACAACCUUUACUUGGUCUUUUGGAGAUGGUAGACUCUGUAGGGGUUACCACUGCUAUGGAGAAGGAACUGCGAGAUGAAUUUGAAGCACAAAUAAAAGAAGCCGCAGGAGAAGUUAAUGAUACUUCUGAAGCUGAAGCGUCUAAUGGGGAAGUGCAAAACCUUAUGCAAGUAUUUGAAGCACUAAGAGAGCGUCUAUCAUCACUUAAUUUAUCUUCUAUUUCUGAUUUAUUACCUCUUAUGAAUAUUGCUGAGCGUACACUUAGCAAUGCUGAUCAACAUAAUGUACCAUGGCGCGAUAGUCCUGUAGCGGUGGGUCUAAUUGCAGAGGUAUUGUCACGCAUUCAGGCAUUACAAGUUCAAUUUACUGAAAAUCAGCGACCUUCUGAACUGGAAAAUAUUCUUAAUGAGGCAGCGAGAGAAGUUCGUGAGCAUCCUCCACAGAAUGAGGAUCAACUUCAACCCUAUUUACAGAUGCUUUCAGGGGUUCAAAAUAGAGUCAAUUCUAUGUCUGUUGGAGCUUUAGAUGCAUUUAAAAAUCUUCAAGAGGCUAUACUUGAGGUAACACGUGCACUACGUGAUGAUUCUCGGGGGUCCGCAACAUUAAUGGAUGAUAAUGGUGAUCCUGCUGCACUCUUGCUCUUGGAAAUAUCUAAUCGAUUACGAGAAGGACCAUUUCCAGAUGUGGUAUUGGAUCAAUACUCCUUAUUACUCGAUAGAAUAGAGUCUGCAGAUACACGUGAAUCGAUACAUGAGGCAGUUCAAGCUGUGCGGGAACAGUUACGUCUUCAACAGAUUGGUAACCGUAACAAUGCUGAAGACGAAGAUGAAGAUGAUGAAGAGGAUGAUGAAGAGGAGGAAGAAGAAGAGUCUGACGAACAAAAACAAGAAGAAGACGAAAAGGAAGAACAUGACGAACAUGAUACAAAAACAAAUGUAAAAAAAGAUUUACAGGGUUCUGAUAAACAAGCAGAAGUCCCUUCUAAUGAUGAUAAUGAUGAUGAUGAAGAAGAAGAAAAAAGGAGAGUGGAAAAAAAUGUUACUAACUUUCUUUUCAAGAAGUUACCAACCAAAUAUGUCCCUGGAGGAGCUAAAAAUGAACUCCUUCUUCUUCCACGUAUUGAAAAGAAGAUUUUUUCUGAGGAACAACAUUUUGUUGAACAUACAACUCUUUUUGAUAUUCAAAAUAUCAGUAAGGUGAUUCUUCACUUGGAAAUAAAUGGGGAAGUCAAGUCUUUACCAAAAUUAAAUGAUCGUGUUGUUCGUGUUAAAAAGGCUUUUGCCAAACAACUUGAAGCGUUUCAAGAAAGUGACCAGAAGUCUGCUGCCGUUCUCCCUAAACUUCGUCUUCGAUGCAGAGAUACGGUUAUAUCAGGUGAGUCUGUUCGUAAACUUGUGAUAUGUACAGAUCCAGAGGCAGAAUUAAGCGACGAAGACAACAAUAAUAACUCUCAAGAUCUUUUAAAGAUUUUAACAGAAGGGAAAGCAACAAAGACAACAGCUUCAGAAGAAGUCAUGAAGGAAUGGAAAGGACGAAGUGUAGCGGUACUUGUGUGUGAGUCAACAGAGGCAGAAGGGACGGCAUUAAGUGAACUUGUCAUGUUACAUGAAGUCUUAACAAAUCGUUAUGGUUUUACUGUGGUUACAGUGGGAAGUACCGGUGCAACUGAGAUUCGAAACUUAUUAAAAGAAAUUGCCUCAUCAGGAGUAAAACGUCUCUUUUUGUACUAUGCAAUGAAUAAAUCUGCAUCUUCUUCACCACAUGCUGUUCUUUUCCGUGAUGGAUCCGGUUUAACUUAUCGUGAUGCCCUUCAACAAGUUGAAUCUAUUGAUCGUGUUGUUCUGGCACACUGUCAACCACAAAAACUAACUAUUGUACCUGCAUUUGCUGGUUCCUGUGAUUCCUUCUUCUCUGUGGAACUGACAGAAUCAGCGAGGGAUGAGUUACGACCAGUGCGUUGCUGGCUAUAUGAUGGAUUACUCACACCCGCCGUUACAGAACUGCUCUCCCUUGAUGAAUGGCGUAUGUUGUGCCCAGAAGAUCUUGCCACGUAUGUUGUGACUGCCAUGACUUCUCUCAGUGUUGAUUUUGGUAGUUUUGCGGAAGGGUCAGCGUCAAGUAUGGGCUUUUUUGUGCCAUGUGAUACUUCAAAAUAG